UGUGUUUAUUAAUGUAUUCUUACUUUACAGUACAGCAUCCUUCCCAAAGACAUCAAAUACAAACAUGAGGUUCGAGCUGCAGCUAAUGAGAUCCGAGCGGUGGGUCGGCGUUGCAUCUUGGCUCGUAUAGAUGCUCUUAGACGGGGUGACCAAGUUCCUCAAGACAUUCUAACUUACAUCCUCCAGGAGUCAAACAACUUGGAAGGAAUCAAAGACUUUGACUUAGAAGAUAUGGUCGAUGAGUUCGUUACCUUUUUCGGAGCUGGUCAGGAAACAACAGCCAAUCUUCUCUCCUUCACUCUUCUUCAUCUUGGUAGAAAUCCUCAAGUCAUGAAAAAACUCCGUGAUGAAAUUGAUACUGUAUUGAAAGGGAGAAACUAUGUUGAAUAUUCAGAUGUCGGCAAGAUGAAGUAUCUAACCUUGGUUUUGAAAGAGACUCUUAGAAUCAACCCUCCUGUUGGUCAUUUGCAUAGACUUUUACCUCAUGAGAUGGAUAUAUGUGGAUACAAAGUACCUAAAGGCAGUGUUGUAAUGGUGCCGAUAUAUGGAAUGGGUAGGAAUGAGAAGCAUUUCAAGAAUCCAGAGAAGUUUGAUCCGGAAAGAUUCACAAGGGAUGAAGACAGCCCCUUAUUUGCGUACAUGCCAUUUUCUCUGGGUGCUCGAUCCUGCAUUGGCCAGACGUUUGCUAUGAUUGAAUCCAAGGUGGUCAUAUGUAAGCUCAUUCAGCAACUGGAAUUCCAACUUGUACCCAACCAGAGCUUUGAGUUUGUAGAAGAGACGCUCACUUUCAAGCCCAAAGAUGGCUGCAAAAGUUACAUCACAAUGAGAAACAUUUGACAUCACAAUGAAAAACCUGUGACAUCACAAUAACAAAACCUGUGACAUCAGGAUGAGAAACCUGUGACAUCACAAUGAUAAACCUGUGACAUCACAAUGAUAUUAGGGCACAUUGUGUGAGGACAGAUAAUAUUGUUUUAUAUUGGGGAUUUGAUGUAUUAUUUUUAACUACACUCGCUAAUGCCUAUGUCACAAAUAAACCGGGCCCUGUACGAUUUUCCCUAUCCGGCGGCUUGCCGUGGAUUUAGAGACCGUACAGGAACCUUCCGAUACAUUCUACAGCAUGUGUGGUCACAUAUUCUGCAGUGCCCGUGAGGUGCCCGGUGAAAAAUGGUAGAGUGAAAUGCAAGGCACCUCGGCAGGGUGCCGGCCGGUAAGCUUACGGGCUGAAUUUGUUGAAUUUGUUGAAUUUACCCAACAAAGUCAUGGGGGGCCCGUCCGGGCACCGUCCGGAGCCCGCACGGAACCUGUGAGGUGCCCUACGGACCCUUUGCAGGCUUUCUACGGCCUAACGGUCAGAUAAAAACGCUGGGAGAAUUGGGAGCAGCCAACUCAGCACCACGGCGCCUGUACAGCUUUAAAAACUGUCCCGGCCCCCGUAGGAACUUUGCGGCUGGUUUUACUCGCCGUACGGGCCCCGGAGUGUAUAUGUGAAAGCCCCAUUAGGAGCACUCUAACCACUAAUCAUUGUGCAGUUGUGCACAUACUAACUCAAGGUACCAUGAUAUUUGGAUCACUCGGGAUAUGGUACCCUUUAUGCACCUUAAAGGAGAAGUAAUGUAGAUGAAGAUGCUUUUUCAUGACAACACAAGUAUAGUGCCAGAAUAGUGCCAGAACUCAAACCUGUGGAGCGCCAGGAGGGUCAAAUCUGACUCACAUGAGCGCUAUACAAGAACCCAUUAUUAUUUUUAUUAUAUGGAUCUCUAGUCAAGUAUCGCAAAAACUCUCCUGCAAUACCUAUACACAAUGUAAAGGGGGGAGAGAGGGAUAGUAUGAUACCGCAGGCCUCUUUAAGGGUUACUCUAACCCAACUAUUGUGGUAUAGUGAGAAAACUUGAUUUUAUCUUUAAGGUCAUCUUAGACUAGACAGAGAGGGGCCUGUGUACUUUGCCUCAUUAUACGCAUAUUCAAAAUCCACAAACUAAAUAGUUCAAAUUGAGAGAGUUGUAAUAAUACUGAAUCUGGAUUGCUUAUGGAGAUGUAGGUUAUUGAUGGUAUGUUUUAUUAAACAUAUCUUUGUUUAGAAAUAUUCAGGUUGCAGAAAGACUAAAUAAUUGAUUUAGGCGGAAGGAUAUUAAGAGAGUGAUUAGGCAGUUUGGGAAGAAA